AUGCCUGAGCCCCAGAAGCCAGCCGCCGAAGGCGACAACGCUGCAGCAGCCCCUGCUGAGAGGUCCGCGGAGGAGGAGGAGCACGCACCGGGAGAGGGGCCUCAGAUGUCCGAGCUGAGCGGAAUGUUCGUGCUGAAGCCCGAGAGCGUCACGGCAACAAAAGGGAAGGACAUCACAUUUGUGGCCAAAGUGGACUCCUCAAACCUGACCAGGAAGCCGGCUAUGAAGUGGCUUAAAGGGAAAUGGCUCGACCUGACUAGCAAAGCUGGGAAGCACCUGCAGUUCAAAGAGACCUACGACCGGAACACCAAAAUCUACACCUACGAGAUGAGCCUGAUCAAAGUGGUGGACGGAGACGCGGGCGGCUACCGCUGCGAGGUCACCUCCAAAGACAAGUGCGACAGCUGCACGUUCGAAGUCUCCGUGCAGGCCGUGCAAGAGGACCAGCAGGACAACAUCUUGGAGGCCUUUAAGCGAUCAGGAGAUGCCGGGGAGGAUGCGGGCGACCUAGACUUCAGCGCGCUGCUCAAGAAAAGAAAGGAGAAGAAACAAGAGGAGCCAAAAGAGGAUGUGGAUGUGUGGGAAAUAUUAAAGACGGCCAAGCCUUGUGACUUUGAGAAGAUUGCCUUUGAGUAUGGCAUCACAGACCUGAGGGGUAUGCUGAAGAGGCUGAAAAAGAUGAGGGCGGAGCCCAAGAAGAGUGACGCUUUUCUGACCAAGCUGGAUUCGGCCUACUCCGUGGACAAGGGCAAGAAGAUUCACAUGUCAGUGGAGCUGGCCGACCCCAACGCUCCCAUCAAGUGGCUGAAAAACGGACAGGAAAUCAAGCCGUCGGCCAAGUAUGUGUUUGAGAGCGUGGGCAACAAGAGGACGCUCACUAUCAAUAAGUGCAACCUGUCGGAUGACGCAGCGUAUGAAUGCGUGGUCGGGGAGGAGAAGUGCUUCACCGAGGUUUUUGUCAAAGAGCCUCCGGUCACCAUCACCAAGCUGCUGGAUGACGUUCACACCGUGGUGGGGGAGAAGGUGGAGUUCGAAGUGGAGGUGUCCGAAGAGGGAGCCAGCGUCAAAUGGGAGAAAGAUGGAGUUGAGCUGAACAGGGACACCGCGGGUUCAAAGUACAGGUUCAAAAAGGACGGGAAGAGGCACAUUUUGAUCAUAAACGAGGCGACCAAAGAGGAUAUUGGAAUGUACUACGCCUUCACCAACGGCGGGGAGUCAAAGGCAGAGCUGGAGGUGGAAGAUAAGGAGCUGGAGGUCCUGCAGAGCAUAGCCGACCUGACGGUGAAGGCGGCCGAACAGGCCGUGUUCAAGUGCGAGGUGUCCGACGAAAAGGUGACCGGCAAGUGGCUGAAGGACGGCGUGGAAGUCCAGGCCAGUGACCGCAUCAAAAUGACGCACACGGGAAGGACCCACAAGCUGACGAUUGAUGACGUGAAGCCCUCAGACGCAGGAGAUUACACCUUUGUCCCGGACGGCUACGCGCUUUCUCUCUCCGCCAAACUCAACUUCCUGGAGAUCAAGAUUGAUUAUGUUCCUAGACAAGAUCCUCCCAAAAUCCACCUGGACACCAGCGGCGCCGGCAACAGGAACACCAUCACGGUGGUGGCCGGGAACAAGCUGCGCUUUGAUGUGGAGAUCUCGGGGGAGCCGGCCCCCGUCGUGAGCUGGAUGAGGGGAGACCAGGUGGUGUCAGAGGCCGAGGGGCGGGUCCGCGUGGAGACCAGGAAGACCCUGAGCAGCUUUGUGAUCGAGGGGGCGGAGAAGCAGGACGAGGGCCUCUACAGCAUCACCGUCUCUAACCCCGCCGGGGAAGACAAGGCCGAGCUCUUUGUCCGGAUUGUGGAUGUGCCCAACCCUCCCGAGGAUGUCAAAUGCACAUCAGUUGGCGAGGACUCUGCCACGAUCACAUGGGACCCUCCCUCAUUCGACGGCGGCGUUCCCAUUAAAGGGUACCUGAUGGAGAGAAAGAAGGUUGGAUCGGCCAGGUGGACGAAGCUCAACUUCGACGUGUACGAGUCCACCGCGUACGAGGCCAAGAAGAUGAUUGAGGGCGUUCUUUACGAGAUGAGAGUGUUUGCAGUCAACGGCAUCGGCAUCUCUCAGCCCAGCGAAAGCUCAAAGCCCUUCAUGCCCAUUGCCCCCACCAGCGAGCCCACUCGCCUCAUGGUGGAAGACGUGACAGACUCCACCUGUGCUCUGAGGUGGAGACCUCCAGAGAAAAUCGGAGCGGGCGGCAUCAACGGCUACAUCAUCGAGUACUGCAAAGAAGGAAGUGAUCAGUGGGAGCAGGCAAACCAGGAGCCAGUGGAAAAGAACCAGUACAGGGUGAAGGGUCUCCCGGUAGGGGAGAAGAUGCUCUUCAGGGUGGUUGCCGUCAACAUUGCUGGGAGAAGCCCCCCCGCCACUCUUUCUCAGGCUGUCACCAUCAGAGAGAUCAUGGAGAACCCAAAGAUCCGCGUGCCCCGCAACCUGAGAUCUAAACUCAUCACACGUGUGGGCGAGAAGGUGAACUUGUUUAUCCCCUUCCAGGGAAAGCCUCGCCCGGUCGUGACCUGGUUCAAAGACGGCGCUCUCCUAGAGGACAAGAGCGUGGGAAUCCGCACCAGCGAUAUGGACACCAUCCUUUUCAUCCGCUCGGCAGAGAGAAGCCACUCCGGAAAGUACACCCUGCACGUUCAGAUCGAGAACAUGUCGGACAGCGCUGACAUAGAGAUCCAGGUUGUAGAAAAGCCCGGGCCUCCUGUCAGCGUGCUGGUCACAGAUGUCUGGGGCUUCAAUGCUGCGUUGGAGUGGAAGCCCCCCAAAGACGACGGCAACUGUGAGAUUAUCGGCUACACCAUUCAGAAAGCUGACAGGAAGACCAAGGAUUGGUUCACGGUCUACGAGCACAACCGCAGGCCCAGCUGCACCGUGUCCGACCUGGUCAUGGGGAACGAGUAUUCCUUUCGAGUGUUCAGCGAAAACAUCUGCGGCCUCAGCGACGACGCCGGGAUUAGCAAGAACACAGCUGUCAUCACCAAAACAGGUCUGGUUCAUAACCGCUCACCCUACAAAGAGAAGGACAUGAGCUGCUCCCCCAAAUUCACCGCUCCUCUGGUGGACAGAAGCGUGAUCGCUGGUUACUCUGCGGCCAUCAGCUGUGCCGUCCGCGGAUACCCCAAGCCAAAGAUCAUUUGGAUGAAGAACAAUAUGAUGAUUGAAGGCGAUCCCAAGUUCCUGAUGCAGAACAACCAAGGCGUGCUGACUCUGAAUAUCCGCAAGCUGAGCCUGUUCGACGGGGGCCGAUACUCCUGCAAGGCUGUCAACGAACUGGGGGAGGACCUGGUGGAAUGCAGGCUGGAAGUUCGAGUUCUUCAGGAGAAAGCGGAAGAGGCCAAGAAAUGAGAAACACCGCGAAACAGCAGAGGAUUCAGUCAAACACCGAUAGUGAUGGAUUAUGUAUAACGGGAUAGUCAUGAAUAAAUAUGAUUAGAGUAGAUCACUGGUGAGGCUCUAAAGCCACUCCCCCCCCCCACCCCCCUCCCCCACAUAAGCAUGCCUUUCAUUGCCGCCCUGACGAAUGCCACAUACGUAGGGACUGGGCCGUAAAUUCU